CAUUGUCUGUAACUAAGGACGAGCCUGUCCGUGACUCGCUUUGCUGCCUGGGCGAACAUGGCCUGAGAAGCGGCUUCGUGGUCGCAUUGAUUCGUUUUAUUCGGGAGCUCGGAAAUGUCUGUAAUAAUUUUUAUCAUUCUCUGCGUAUUUAUCACUUACAUGGUUAGACUUCAAAUGAGGGGAUGGCGGCUGUUAUAAAACUGCUUAAUGAGUAUCUGUCGGUGCAGUUUGUAGCUUUUCAGCAUUUAACAAGCCAAUAAACGACGCGAAGUAACAACAAUUUUCUAAAAGACGGUUUUAAAUGUAUGCUGUAAUGGUGCAUUGAUGUGGCCCGCGCCGUCCUGCCACUCAGUCGCUAAUGGAUGGAAUGAAAUGAUGCCUCGUUUUCCAUUUGCACAAGCAAGAGUUCAUUGAAUGCUUGCACUUAUUGUGGUGACUUCUGCGUAAAUAAUACAUCUGAGUUGCAGCUUCACACCGUUAAUAAGGCACCCUGCUUUCCCUGGAGAAAAUGGGGUGAAUGGUUGAAAAGAGCGGUUCUUUGCGUUGGAUAUAUAUAUAUAAUCUAUGUUUGAAUAACAAAACGUGCCCUGUAUGCAUCUGUCAUUUGAAUAUAUCAGUUAUUUGUAGAAAAGCAGCUCUAGUACAGCAUCACUUGCUGAGAGUACAACAAGAGAGACAGACAUCUUUUCAUAGGCAUAAUAAAACCCGUUAUCUUUUUUGUAAUGCGUGAUGUUUAAUCCCUUGUGGCCGAGGAACAAUCAAGGGUCCAUUAUUUAGCUAAUAAACCAAAUGUAGGUUUUAAUUGCUUUGAUUACACUUAUCCGAAGUAUCUUAAUUUUAACCCAGUUAUGAAUUUGGAUUUUCAGUGUCCUUAACCACUAAAAUGUCAGGUUUAGUUUACCUGUAUUUUGUAUACUGUUAUUGUUGUGUUUUCUGUGUUUCCCCUAUUUUGCAAAAAAAUUGACAAAAAAUGUUAAAAAAAAAAAACACUAAAAUACCUAAGGCAGACUUAAAGAAGUGUGGGAACAUGUUACAAUCUUAUCGUUUUCUGUAGUGUUUGGUAUGAUUACAAACAACAUUUUCCAGAAAAUACUGCCGCAGUGAAAUUACCCUCGGGACAGCUCAGUCCUUGGGACCAGAUCCAAAUUAAUGAACACACAUUUAAUCUGCAGUCUACUUAAUCAUUUUCCAUGGAACUGCUACAGAGCCCAUACUUGUUUUGAUACUGAUAUUAUACUGUAUAUUCUACCCAUGAAACAAAAUGAAAUCUCAGACCUUGCAGAACAGACCGGUUUGGAAGAAAAAGCAGAUCAUAAAACAUGCACUUUUUUAUAUUUGAAGUUAUAUGGCUCUGUAUGUACAUUUUGAAGAUUAAAAUAUAUAUUUUAAGUAGGAAUUGUUUGAUGAUUGAUAUGUCAUGUUUUUUCACUGAAACACUGCUUUUAUUGUUCAUGUUCCGCAAUUCUUCAUGUUGUGAUUUAUGAUCUGUUCAACCUUAUAUCCUUGGCCUUUUUGACUGGUGACCUGAAUUACACUUGAGUAAUCAUUUUGCUAACUAAGAAGUGAGACGAUAUGCAGCUUCAGGAGAUGGGAGAGAAGCGGCGUGAGCGCUAGCUGUGAAACCUCCACCUUGAUGUGCAAAGAGUGAAGAAGAAGCAUUUAAAGGAGGAACUGAAGAUAAUCCUGCAUUCAGCAACAACAUGGAGACAGACACAAGGCAAGCUAGAAGAGGAGCUGGUUGGUGAAAUAUAAAGUUAGGCUAGUUUCAUUAGCUCCAGUGGAUAAUAACCUUGAGAUUGCAGAAGACCAUGACACAUUCAAGUCAGUGGUGUGGGAACAUUUUGGUCAUCCAGUAGAAAAAAAAGAAAACAAACAAGGUAUCAAGUCGAACAGCGGCUCAAAACUUGAGGUGAUGACGUGGCAUGAGCACAGUGCUGGAGAUGCCCAAGAGAAGAGACGUUCUCGCUGUAGUGCUGAUUGUGCUGCCCUGGACGCUGCUCAUCACUGUCUGGCACCGGAGUGCCGUUGCUCCCAUGCUUGCAAUUCCAAAGGGGAACAGAAAGGGGCGCCCAGACUCACCGCACCUGCUUUCGCUCCUUGCAGCCUGUCAACAGCUAAUCAAAGAACUCUUUGUCCUACCAGAAAGGCCUGUGGUCCGACAGCAGCGGCCAGCAGAUGACAAGAGCGAAGUCCAGCAUGAGAUGGCUCCAGCCCCAGUGACCUCCAAGGAGCGUUGCUCCCCGGAACGGGACAUUGUGGAGGUGGUUCGCACUGAGUAUGUGUACACACGGCCCCCACCCUGGUCUGACACCCUCCCUACCAUCCACGUGGUCACGCCCACCUACGGCCGGCCUGUACAGAGGGCGGAGCUAACGCGGCUGGCAAACACACUCCUGCAUGUGCCCAACCUACACUGGAUCCUAGUGGAAGACGCAGCCCGGCCCACAGCCCUGGUGGGCCGCCUGCUCCGCAACACGGGCCUCAACUAUACACACCUCAGCGUGGAGACGCCACGGGGUUACAAGAGCCGCGCCGACGCCCGCGACCCUCGCAUUCCGCGGGGCACCGUGCAGAGGAACUUGGCCCUGCGCUGGCUCCGCGAGACCCUGGGUUCCAACUCCACCCAACGAGGCGUCGUCUACUUCGCAGAUGAUGACAACACCUACAGCCUGGAGCUGUUUGAAGAGAUGCGGUCGACACGCACGGUGUCUGUGUGGCCCGUGGCUUUCGUGGGCGGCCUGCGCUUCGAGUCGCCACGCGUCAAUGCCGCUGGCAAGGUGUACGGCUGGAAGACGGUUUUCGACCCGCACCGGCCCUUCGCCAUCGACAUGGCGGGCUUCGCCGUCAACCUGCGCCUCAUCCUACUGAGGCCUCAGGCCUACUUCAAACUGCGUGGCGUCAAGGGCGGCUACCAGGAGAGCAGCCUGCUGCGUGAGCUGGUCACGCUCAGCGACCUGGAGCCCAAGGCCGCCAACUGCACUAAGGUUCUCGUGUGGCACACCAGGACGGAAAAGCCUGUCCUGGUUAACGAGGGCAAGAAGGGCUUCACAGACCCCAACGUGGAAAUAUAAGGCCACUUCCAAUACUGUGUUCAGGCACUCGCGUUGGGCUCUGUUACCUUGAAGAACCUGAGAGGAGUGACCUGGAUCAGACUGCCACGCUUUCCGUGCUCCGUGGCGGGGGCUCCUGGGACAGGCCCCUGCGACCCCCACUAAACACAGCAGUAAUCAGGCGGCAUGUGGACGGGCCAGCGAUGAUCCCGCUGAAGCACACAUCGGUAGAGAGAGCAGCAAUAUUUAUUCAGUUCAGUGUCAAGCUAGCAGAAAACCACACAGCAGGACCUUGAUGCAAUGACCAGCGCGAGUGACCACAGCUGAGAGGAUGGCAUGGAGCUGAAAGCCAAUCAGAGGCCAGAUCCGACGGGUCGUUGUAGAUUUGCCUCCUUACUAGAACAUGGAGGCGUGUCAGAAGUCAUUGCCAUUGGAUAAGACGACCACUUAAUGACCUCAUUCAACCUGCAACUAGUUGGCAUUCUGAAUUUUUUCAUCCUGCAAAUAUACAAAAGAACUUUUUUUUUUUUUUUUAAUUUGACGUGUGUGUUUUUUUAAAGGCUGGUUAAACAGCAUUGUGUCAUGUUUGCAUUUGGCACGAGUUAGCGUGUCACAUGGUUCGUGUGUUCAUGAAAGCUGUCAGAAGUGAGUGCAGAUAACUCCUCUUCCAGAAGCUCACCUCACCAAGAUUUAAGCAAUUUAAAAUGCUCUUGUUAAAGAAAAAAAAAGCUUUGUAGUUCUACAAAACAAGCAUUCAAAAAGCACUUUAUAAGGUUUAUUUUGUUCGCAGUGUUUUUUCCUGUUAUGAAAUCCUGUAAGUUAUUGGUUCUAACCUAAUAAUCUCGCAGCGUAGUUACUGCAGCAGAAAUUGGUUAGUUUUGUGCCUGGAUAAGUUAAUGCACAUUUUGCCCCAGUGAAUAAACGUCUGCAGACUUGUGUGUUAAUAUCUGUA